CACACACUCUCCACACCUCUCAGCUCAUUGGUCACUUACACCACAGCCCCGCCUCCACACUGACUCCUUUAUAAAGAGAAACCAAAGCCAAGGGAGCUGAAGUUACACAGACUGGCCCUUUAAAAACACUGUCACUUCUCUGUAGUUUGUUUCUACGUUUUUUAAUCAGGUCAGCUGACUUUGACAGGCGAGUGUUAAGAGAGAGCAUCCUUUCUUUUCCGCUCUCUUUUUAUAACUUCAUUCUCUUUUUAGUUCAACUGAUACAGAACAUUUUGUGGAGACUUUCUCUUUCCGUCUUCAGUCAUCAGAGGGACUUUUGGUGAAACUUUUUCUCCUCUUCACUCUUUAGUCUCACUCAGUGAAUCCUCUGCAGAGGCCGAUGGAUCUGUCCGACCUUGCCUUCCCUCUCUCCUCAGCCGAUGACCUCUACGAUGACCCCUGCUUCAGCACCAGUGACAUGAACUUUUUUGAUGACCUGGACGCUCGGCUGUUACACGCCGGCCUGCUGAAGCCAGAGGACCACCAACAUCACCAUCAACACCAACACGUCCCCAAGGAUGAGCAUGUGAGGGCUCCCGGGGGCCUCCACCAGGCCGGGCACUGCCUGAUGUGGGCCUGCAAGGCCUGCAAGAGGAAGACAACACAUGCAGACAGAAGAAAAGCGGCAACCAUGAGAGAAAGACGUCGGCUUGGUAAAGUCAACGACGCCUUUGAGACCCUGAAACGCUGCACGGCCUCCAAUCCGAACCAGCGGCUGCCCAAAGUGGAGAUCCUGCGCAACGCUAUCAGCUACAUCGAGUCCCUGCAGACGCUGCUGAGGGCCGGCCGGGAGGACGCCUUCUACCCUCCACUGGAACACUACGGCGGGGACUCGGACGCCUCCAGCCCCCGCUCCAACUGCUCCGAUGGCAUGAUGGAUUUCCUCUCUCCGUGUUCGGCCAGAAGUGAAAACAGUGACUGCAGCCCGACGGCAGACGAUUCCAGCAGCACUAAACGGUCCCUCAUUUCCAGUUUGGACUGUUUGUCCAGCAUCGUAGAGCGGAUCAGCACGGACCCGGCCGUGGCCCCCGCAGGAGACAGCGUUGUCCCCCGGGGCCCCGGAUCACCUCACAACAGCCCUGCUGUCUCCAGUCCCUCUGCUGAACCCAACAGUUUGUACGAGCCGCUCUGAAGCUGACGGAGCUGAGGACUCAAAUUCCACGGACAAACUUAUUCCUUCCAUUUUACGGAGGAACGUGCAGAAGGCCUCGUGAAGAAACACUAAGAUAUUCCUUCUACAAUUUGAGCGGAGGUAUUUCUAUAGUAUCCCUCUGAAUUGGUGACAGUUUUGUUUGGUUGAGGACUCCAGUUUCUUCAGACCGGUGCUUCAGUGUUCAGCCUCCUGGACGACCUGCAGGCCGCUGCCUGUCGGAUAAGUCUCAUGUGAAGAGAACUAGAAGGAGGAGGAGGUUUUUGCUGCAGACAUAAUGACCAAGGACCAUUUUGUACAUCUGUAAAUAAGAGUUGCUUGUUCGUUAUAUACACACACACACACACACACACACACACAUUGUGGGAUUGUUGUGUCAUAUGUUUCUAUAUAUUAUUUAUGAGUGAAUGACGUUUUAAUAAAGAAAUAUUUAUAUUCUAA